AUGGACGUUGACACUGCGUUUCUAAACUCAACCAUGGAUGAGCCGAUCUACGUAAAACAACCACCCGGGUUUGUUAACGAGAGGAAUCCCGACUAUGUAUGGGAACUAUACGGCGGUAUGUAUGGACUCAAACAAGCCCCAUUACUAUGGAACGAACAUAUCAACAAUACUCUUAAAAAGAUUGGUUUCUGUCGACAUGAAGGCGAACAUGGCUUAUAUUUUCGUUCCACAUCUGAUGGUCCCAUCUACAUUGCCGUAUACGUAGACGACUUACUUGUUGCUGCUCCCUCUCCUAAAAUAUAUGACAGGGUUAAGCAAGAAUUAACGAAAUUAUACUCAAUGAAGGAUCUCGGUAAAGUUGACAAAUUCCUCGGUCUUAACAUUCAUCAAUCGUCAAACGGAGACAUCACUCUCUCCCUUCAAGACUAUAUUGCUAAAGCUGCAUCUGAAAGCGAAAUAAACACAUUUAAACUUACACAGACUCCGCUCUGCAACUCAAAGCCUCUUUUCGAAACAACUUCCCCGCAUCUAAAAGACAUCACUCCUUAUCAGAGCAUAGUUGGUCAGCUUCUCUUUUGUGCAAAUACUGGUCGUCCGGACAUAUCGUAUCCAGUCUCAUUACUCUCCAGGUUCCUUCGAGAACCUCGCGCAAUCCAUUUGGAGUCUGCUCGGCGGGUUCUACGGUACCUAUAUACCACCAGAAGUAUGUGUCUCAAGUAUCGUUCUGGAUCUCAGUUGGCAUUAACUGUAUAUUGUGAUGCAUCUCAUGGAGCUAUUCACGAUCUACCACACUCUACUGGGGGGUACGUGACUCUACUUGCUGGUGCUCCCGUUACGUGGUCAUCGAAGAAGCUCAAGGGUGUGAUUCCUGUACCAUCUACUGAGGCAGAAUACAUUACUGCAAGUGAAACUGUCAUGGAGAUAUAA